UGUGACCGGCCGCUGUCAUGUGACGUGCUGUGACCGUUGAUUGUCUUCAGCUGCAGUCAUUUCAUCUUUAAUUUACCUGUCCGGCCACAGCCAGGUGAAGACAGACGGACGAGAUGCAGGUGGCGGUGUUGUGUUCCUUCCUGUUCUCUUUGCUGGCCGCUGAUGCGGCUCCGGCUGCAGACGAGGUGACUUACCUGCCCGGUCUACAGAAACAGCCAAGCUUCAGACAUUACUCUGGAUACCUGAGUGUGGCCGAUGGAAAACACCUGCACUAUUGGUUCGUGGAGUCCCAGAAGGACCCAGCCUCUGACCCGGUGGUGUUGUGGUUGAAUGGCGGACCUGGCUGCAGCUCUCUGGAUGGACUGCUGACUGAACAUGGACCCUUCCUGAUCCAGGAUGAUGGCGUGACACUGCAGUACAACCCGUACUCAUGGAACAAGAUUGCCAACAUGCUGUACCUGGAGUCUCCAGCAGGAGUGGGCUUCUCGUACUCUGACGACCAAAAAUAUGCCACCAAUGACACAGAGGUGUCGAUGAACAACUACCUGGCUCUGAAGGAGUUCUUCCGUCUGUUUCCAGAGUUCAACAAGAAUGAACUUUUCCUGACCGGCGAGAGUUACGGAGGCAUCUACAUCCCGACGCUUGCUGAGAGAGUAAUGGAGGAUGCCAGCUUGAACCUGCAGGGCGUUGCCGUGGGAAACGGGAUGUCGAGUUACGAGAUGAACGAUAACUCUCUGGUGUACUUCGCCUACUACCACGGCCUGCUGGGAGGCCAGCUGUGGUCUGAGCUGCAGACGUUCUGCUGCAGCCAUGACAAAUGCAACUUCUACAACAACCAGAACCAGAACUGCUCCUCCAGACUGUCUGAGGUUCAGGAUAUUAUCUACAGUUCAGGUCUGAACAUUUACAACCUGUAUGCACCCUGUCCAGGUGGAGUCCGCCAGAGAGUCAGUACUGAAAAGGGGGAGCUGGUGAUCAGAGAUCUGGGGAACUCAUUCAUCCAACACCAGUGGACUCAGCUGUGGAACCAGAAGUUACGAGGUCUGGCGUCUCUCCACCUGUCUGUCCGCCUGGACCCCCCAUGCACAAACUCCACCCCCUCCUCCCUCUACCUGAACAACCCGUAUGUCCGAGCCGCCCUGCAUAUCAGCUCCAAGGCCCUGGACUGGGUCAUCUGCAGCGCCGAGGUGAAUCUGAACUACGGUCGUCUGUACCUGGACGUCAGGAAACAGUACCUGAAGCUGCUCUCUGCUCUGAAGUACCGGGUCUUGGUGUACAACGGAGACGUGGACAUGGCCUGUAACUUCAUGGGGGACGAGUGGUUCGUCAAGUCUCUAAACCAGCAGGUGGAGGUUCAGAGGCGUCCGUGGCUGUACGAUGAUAAAGACGGUCGGCAGGUCGGAGGCUUCGUCAAAGAGUUUCACAACAUUGCCUUCCUCACUGUCAAGGGUUCUGGUCACAUGGUUCCAUCAGACAAACCAAUUGCUGCCUUCGCCAUGUUCUCUAGAUUCCUCAAGAGACAACCGUACUGACCCCUGACCUUCGACCCCUGCUGGGCCCCCUCUUCCUCUUCCUCUGACCUCAGUCACCCUCAGGCUUCAGUAUUUUAAUUUAGUCUGAUUUUUUUUUCUUCACUGCCAGCCAAUCAACACAGCUCUGCUUACUCUACUGGUCACCAUGGCAACGUGUGGUCGUCAUGGAAAUGAGCACUGUCAUCAGUCUGGAAUGUUUUGAAUGUGAAACUUGUUUUGUUUUUGUUGAUUUAAAGGGAAAACCAGAAAAUAAAGUUUGAUAUUUUUUUUUACUGUUUUCAUUUGAGCUGGAAGGAUUACUGUCACAUCGAUUAAUCUGCUGACCAUCUUCUCAAUUAUUACGUUAAUAAAACUUCAGAACUGUGAAAAGUCCA